AAAAAAUCCAAACAUAUAUUCGUGUCAGCUAGCUAGGCUUCCGCAUAGAGCUAAGGAAAAGGAAGAGAAAAGACAAGACUCACCACCACCUUCUUCUUCGUCUUCGUCACUGCAACUAAUUUGAUUCAGCCAUGGCUAAUGCAGCGUCUGGAAUGGCAGUCCAUGAUGACUGCAAGCUCAAGUUUCUUGAACUCAAGGCGAAGAGGACAUACCGUUUCAUCGUGUACAAGAUCGAGGAGCAGCAGAAGCAAGUGGUAGUGGAGAAGCUCGGCGAACCUGGUCAAUCUCAUGAUGACUUUGCAGCAAGUCUUCCUGUUGAUGAAUGCCGAUACGCCAUCUUUGAUUUCGAUUUCGUCACUGCUGAGAAUUGCCAGAAGAGCAAGAUUUUCUUCGUCGCAUGGUCUCCGGACACAGCAAGAGUGAGAAGCAAGAUGAUCUAUGCGAGCUCUAAGGAUAGGUUCAAGAGAGAGCUAGACGGGAUCCAAGUUGAGCUUCAAGCAACCGAUCCAACUGAGAUGGAUCUCGACAUUUUCAAAAGCCGAGCCAAUUGAGGAACGGUUGUCUCAAACUUUGUUUCUUAUGUUACCAGAGUGAUGUGCUUUAUCCUAAAGUUUGCUGUGACGGCACCAGCCAAAACAGCUUCAUUUGAUCUGUCUUUGUCUUCGGUCUCUCUUCUUUUUUGGUUAUUAGUACAGUGUCUUGCUUAAAACUGGCUUGUGCUCUUUUAAAAUUGUGUAAGAAACCCAAACCGUUUAUCAACAGAUGAUCCUAUUGGAACAUUGUGUCUCAUCUACGUGUCAUGCCUAGUGAUCCAUGGAAUAAAACAAAUGAUAUUAUAUGAUAAGGUUGCCUAAGUAGACA